AUGGCGAUCAACUACCCGGAGUACGUCAAUAAUCAGCCUCCAGUGAUAACAUUGCGAGAAUACGAUGAUGCCGAUUGGGCACCUUCAACUUGUCUAGACUCCAGACCCGAGGGGUACGUUGUUGUCUUGAUGGAGCAGCCGGAACAAGUCAUUGCUAGGAUCCACGGCGACGAUAACAAAACGUUAGAUACGAUCUUUAAAAGUGCAAAAGAUCAACACGCUAGACAAGAAGCAGAGAAACAACAACAGUGA